AUGACCUGUCAUCCGUUGAAUCCUCCAGGUUUCAGUGCACACAAAACAGGCCGCAUUGGAGAUUUGCCGACCAAGGAGGAGAUUCGCCACUUGGGCUCCGGUGCCUUUGGGGCUGCGGUCCUCGUCCGGCGGUUGAAGGAUGGCCGUCGUUUGGUGGCCAAGAAGUGCUCGGUGAAGGACAUGGAGGAGAAACAGCGCCGCAUGUGCUUUGAAGAAAUUGCACUCUUGCAGAAGGUGCGGCAUGAAUGUGUGGCGCAGCUGGUGGACUUUGUGUGGGCUUCGAAGGACAUGCUUAGUUAUUGGAUCGUCCUGAAGUUCUAUCCUGGUGGCGAUGUCCAAAGUGAGAUCGACACAUGCCGUGAGACACCUACGGCCUUAUUGAGGAACCAGUUGGAGCUACCAAUCGGAAAGGUGAAGAACUGGGUCACGCAGCUGUGCAUGGCCUUGAAGCACGUUCAUAAGCUGCGGAUCGUGCAUCGAGAUGUCAAAGGCAGCAACAUGUUUAUCUCCGGAGCGCGCAACAUCGUUUUGGGCGACUUCGGUGUCAGCAAACAGCUGACCGAAUCGGAGCAAAAAGCCAUGACAUCAGUGGGAAGCCCGAUGUACAUGGCGCCGGAGUGGUGGGAUGGCCGCGGCGGCACGGCAAACUCUGAUAUGUGGAGCGUUGGAGUGGUCCUCUUUGAGCUCAUGGCAUUGCACAGGCCAUUCGAAGCGCAGAAUGUCCUGUCCUUGGUCCACAAGAUCACCACAGAAGAGCCUGCAGCGUUGCCAGAAGAUGCGGAUCCGCAACUCUCUAGUCUUGCCAUGCAGCUGUUGGACAAAAGACCUGAGCGUCGACCAAGUGCUGCCGAAGUGCUUCAAGCGAAAGGCUUGGAGGAUGCGGAAAAGAUUCUUCAGAUCUACCGCGAAGCAUUGGAAAAGAAAUCGGAUCGACACCAGCGGAGGCUUGCCAGGGAGGAGGAUGCUGCGGCUGGCAAACGGCCCCGACGCUUCAGCCGGUCAAGCAGCAUGAGCAGCGAAUGUGAGAGCAGUGCUCACCUCGGGAUAAUGGAAUGGCAUUGGAUUCGGAUGUCAGUCAAGUUGAUUCUUUUGGUUACCCCAACUGAGGAGUUCGCUGGGGAUGUCAAUGAGGUGAAGCAUGACGAUCCAGUGGCUUUCCUGAAACGCUUGGUGGCCUCUACCUGGAAGGUGCCCAGCAUGUGCUUGGAGAUGUCAAUUGAGACGCAUGUCUUGGACGACCAAGACGUUCUGGGCAAAUGGGCGUGCAACAAGGAGCUUGAAGUCUCGGCACUAGUGGUGUCCGAGCGGCUGUAUGACGCGAUUGAGAACGGCAGGCUGCCGGAGCGUGCCAAUGCUUUAGCUGCACUACCGCAAAUCGCACUCCCGGGUGAUGGUCGUGCUUUGGAAGCUGCAUUGCACGCGCUGGAGCAGCCGGCCCCAUUGCUGCAGAUGACCGCAUUGGAUACCUUGGCUUUGUUGGGAAAGGGCAAUCAGCUGGUGAUCAACGACAUCGCCACCUUGCUUUGUUCUAUUUGCGGGUGUGAUCGCUUGCGUGAGAUGAUGGUGAAGUGCCACGCUUUGGAGAAGCUUGCGCAAGUAGCUCCCAGAGGUGAGGAUCGAGCUCUUGAUGCCUUGUUGGCUGGCAUAACUGAUGCCGACGAGACGGUCAGGAACAAGGCAAAGGAGUCUAUACCGACUCUUGUGUUGCCUGGUGACUCGAUGUUCAUUGCCCGCCUUGUCGCCAAGCUCAGCCAUGGUGAUCGUCAAGUCAGGCAAACAGUGGUGGAAGCACUUCCACUUGCCGCCGGUGAAGCAGGUGCUGGAAGUGCUAUGCGUGAAUGUGCCUUGUUGCUGGACCACAGCAACUGGGUAGUACGUCAAGCUGCGCUCAAGGCUGUGGCCGCUCUUUCCCAUGGCCAGCAAGAUUGUGCAACGGCUAUUGUCAUCCCAUGCCUGCAAGACCGAGACCGUGACAUCAGAUGUCAGGCCCUGGAGAUAUUGGCGAACGUUGCCGUGAAAGGGGACGAACAAGCUGCACUCAGCAUGGUUGCAUGUUUGGAAGAUGCAGAGCGCGACGUUCGAGAGGCAGUGUUGCGUUAUUUGCCAUCACUGGCCCGGAGAGGAUGCAGAGGAUUGUUUGAAUCCGUUGAGAUGUAUUUGUCUCAUCCUGACGUGGAUGUGCGGCACAGCGCCGUUGUGCUUUUGCCGCACGUGGCAGAAGGAUGUAGCCGUAGCAGUUCAGCGCUGACGUCUUUGUUGGAAGAUGGGCAAGUGCGAAUUCGCUGCUCAGCAGUGGACGCCUUGUUGAGUCUCAGUGACUGGAGCAACACCACCUUUGAAGCCUUGAUCCGUGCGCUUACGGACCCGGAGAGGGCUGUGAGACGAGCUGCCAUGAAGGUCAUCACGGCAUGACAGCCGACGGUUGGCAACCAGCGUGUUGCCACUGGAUUGCUUUGUUGGGCAAACGAGACAAGUUCGAUCCAAGACUCGAGACGUUCCGGUGGUUAGCGUUGGGAAUGUUCAGCUUGGGAGGCGUUGGAUGUGAUGGUGCCCCAUGAAUCUGCACAGAAGACACUGGCGGAGCGCAUAGAUGAUGGAUGCUUUGACGAAAGGUGGAGAGAGGCAGUAGACCAACUGAAGCGCACUUACCAAGAGCUGGCACGG